AUGUCUUUCCUCGGUCAGGCACGCUCGAAACUGUGCGGAAAGCAUCUCUUGCAGCGAGGUCCGCACGUUUGUGAAACGACCUUGGUUCUGUCUAACCUGCAACACCGGCACCAGCGAUGGACCGACUUCCAGCCAGCUGAGAAGGAUCCGCAAACAUUGGAUGCUGGCCUUGGCACCUCAAAAGAGAAGGUUCAGACACAGCAGGUCUGCUGCUGCCGAAUUCCAGGCGACGCUCCGAGUGUGGCACUCUCCAUCCUCUUCCCGACGACAUCUAGACCCGCGUCCUCCAAGCACAAGACGCCUUGCUCUUCGGAAUGCCACUUUGCCCGUGGCUACUUCACGAAGCUUCUCCUGGUGAGGGGCCCUCCAGCGGUACUGGAUAACUUUGCCAUGGAUCGCCUCACAGAGGCCCCGGACCUGCUGCCAAAGUUUGCAGAAAUCGCAUACUCCAAACGGCAACAGGCAUGA